AUGGCGAGAUGGUGGAAGAUCUUUCUCCCAGGAAGUGCGGAUCCUCAAGCUGAGAAGAAAAAUCAAAUAACUCAGCUUAGAACAUUCAUUGGCAUACUGGAGUUACGGAUCCUCAAGCAGUGUCCCUUCUAUGUGAAGUGUUCCCGCUUCCUUACCGACGCUGAGACACGUUAUGCCACCAUCGAAUUAGAGUUGCUCGCCGCCGUCUGGGCCACAUCUAAGUGUAAACCAUACUUGAUUGGAGGCCCGAACUUCACACUGAUGACCGACCAUAGGCCGCUGAUACCGAUCCUCAACAAGUACACGUUGGACGCAGUAGAGAAUCCCCACCUCCAACGCCUUAAGGAGCUCCAGUCAACCAGCCCACACCAGAAGAUGAGAAGCAGCGACACCGACACUCACUUGAGGAGUGUAGUGACCUGUAAUGCUAUCAGUACCAUCACCGACUCCAAGAAUCAAGACGCCGAUAGAACUCUGGAAGGGUUACGAGAAGCAGCAAGUGCAGACCCUACGUACUGCAGGCUCAAGAAUUGUGUAACCAUUGGGUUCCUCUGUAACCGUCAGGACCUACACAAUUUGUUGCUCCCUUACUGGAAGCUUCGAGACAGCCUUUCUGCCGAUGGGGAACUGGUCUUGUAUGGCCAAAGAACUGUGAUACCGACCACUCACCGUCGCCGUACACUCGCUCGCCUACACGACAAUCACCGUGGGGUGGAAGCGACGAAAUGCAGGGCACAUCAGACCGUAUUUUGGCCUGGGAUCGACGCUGACAUUACCAGCACAGUUCAAGCCUGCCAGCCAUGUCAGGUCACGCAACCCAGCCAACAGCAAGAGACCAUGCAAAACGACGAUAACCCUACGAGGCCUUUUGAGUCUGUGUCCGCCGACUUCUUCACAAUUGCUGGGAAGUCUUUACUGGUAAUUGCGGAUCGAAUCUCUGGCUGGCCCGUCGUCGUUCCCUGUGGUGCCUCAUCUACAGCAUCACGCACCACACGCAUGUUCUGCUGUUACUUCAGGGGUGUUGGUGUUCCCCUCCGCUUGAGGACUGAUGGAGGACCCCAGUUCACCAGCUCUGAGUUCCAAGAGUUCAUGAAAAGAUGGGUCGUACACCACGUGGUAUCCUCACCACAUUUCCCCCAAUCGAACGGACACGCCGAGGUACCUCCUCAUGAAGACGGCGCCCUCCGGCAACCUGGACAGCGAAGACUUCGAUAG